CCCACCCCGCCCCAGCACUCCCUCUCUCUUCUCCACUAUGGACAGAGCCUCCGAGGAGCAGCUGCCUGCCCGCCACGUCCCCAGCUGACAUGGGCACCGUGGGAGCCACGCAGCUGUGCUGGGCCAUCCUGGGCUUCCUCCUGUUCCAAGGCCGCAACUCCCAGCCCGUCACAACCCAGACCUCUAGCCCUCAGGGAGCCUUCAGCAGCCCGAGUCUGACCACCGAGCCUGUUUCCCCCAGCACAGGAAACCUCCCUUCUUCAGAGCCUAAUAGACCAAGCCCUCUGCCAAGGACUGGCAGCUCAGCAGCCUCAAAAAAGACCUCACAGCUCCCCGAGGUAGCGAGUACACCAGUGACACCAAAGCCAAACACCAUGGAUGGUCACUCCCCGACCUUGCUGGGCCUGACUCCGCCCCAGCCACAGAAGCACACGUCAGGACUUGACUCCUCAAAAAAUGUUUCUCCCAAUUCAACCACCAUAAGCCUGAGGACAAGGGAAGACUUGACCAUUCAGCCCAGCCCCACUUCAGAGACUGUGCUCACUGUGGCAGCAUUUGGUGUCAUCAGCUUCAUUGUCAUCCUGGUGGUCGUGGUGAUCAUCCUAGUCGGUGUGGUCAGCCUCAGGUUUAAGUGUCGGAAGAACAAGGAGUCUGAAGAUCCCCAGAAACCAGGGAGUUCCGGGCUAUCUGAAAGCUGUUCCGCAGCCAAUGGAGAGAAAGACAGCAUCACCCUCAUCUCCAUGAAGAACAUCAACACGAAUAACAGCAAAGGAUGCCUCUCAGCGGAGAAGAUUCUUUAAAAGCAACUCGGGACCCCACAGAUCCAGGACGAUGCAGCUGCUCUAUAGCUGUGAGAAAGACGACCUGGGAUUGGUAGAGGCAGUGAACCACAUAUAAAUUAUUUUAUUGUUUCCGGUCCACUCCCGGAUCUAUAGGAUAUGAGCAUUCCUCCAGAUCUGGAAGCAAGCUACCAAUAUGACAGACUCUCCACUAUGGACAGCCACUCUAGAAAUACAGCCUGCUCCUCCUCCUUUUCAGUCACCAGAAAGAGGAGUUGAUAGAGCAAGAACACGGAAAAUGAUGAGGUGGAUUGGUGCUUUCUACUUUGCAUUAAAAUUAUUUUCUAUCC